UCUGUUGAUGAAAAUGUGGAAAAAAUAUGGUAUUAUUGCAUGUAUUGCGGUGGUGGCUAUGGAUAUUGCAGCAGGGAUACUGGCACUCAAAGCUGAAGCUACUCAGGAUCAGGUAAAGCAUUUAAGGUUGUGGAUGUUUGAGUGCAAAGAUCCAAGCAACCAAGCUUACAAACUGGGAUUGGCCGCAGUGGUUCUUCUUUCUCUAUCCCAUGCUUUGGCUAAUUUCAUCGGGGGAUGCAGCUCCUGUUCUAUGAAUUCCUCUUCCUCCUUUAGAUCUUCAGCUCCAAGUAAACAGUGUUCCUUGGCUUGCCUCGUCCUUACAUGGGUAGUAUUGGUCGUGGGACUAUACUUGCUCAUAUCAGGGAUAAGAUCAAAUAACAACUCUCAAACUUCAUGUGGUUUCUCUCACCCCCAUUUUCUCUCUAUUGGAGCCAUCUCUUGUUUCGUCCACGCAGCCUUCUCAGUCUCUUAUUGCCUAACCAGUACCAUCGCAACUCAUCAUUCUACACCCAUCAUCUGACCAACC